AUGACAAAAGCAACCAAUAUUUGCAAUAAAAGGCCUCAUCUACUUCACAUCCUCGAUCGCUUUUCUUCAGUUCCUAAACAUUCUCUUUCAUUCAUUUUCUGCAACUUCUCUGUUGUUCUUGGGGCAAAAAUGGAACCUUCAAGUAACAAAGACAGUGAUGAUACAAAGAAGAAACAAGUAAAGGAGGAGCAUCACAAAGUUCCAUUGUCGAAGUUAUUUUCAUUUGCCGACUUUCACGACUAUGUUCUUAUGGCUUUGGGUUCCAUCGGUGCAUGCGUGCAUGGUGCAUCUGUUACGGUUUUCUUCAUCUUCUUCGGGAAACUGAUUAACGUCGUCGGAAUGGCUUAUCUCUUCCCAGAACAAGCUUCUCACAAAGUUGCCAAGUACUCAUUGGAUUUCGUGUAUCUCAGCGUGGCUAUUUUAUUCUCCUCAUGGAUAGAGGUGGCUUGCUGGAUGCAUACUGGAGAGCGACAGGCAGCGAAAAUGAGGAUGGCAUAUCUGAAGAGUAUGCUGAAUCAAGAUAUAAGUUUAUUCGACACUGAAGCUUCAACGGGAGCAGUCAUUUCUGCAAUCACAAGUGAUAUUAUUGUCGUCCAGGAUGCUCUUUCCGAGAAGGUGGGGAAUUUCAUGCACUACAUAAGCAGGUUUAUAGCGGGUUUCAGCAUUGGUUUUACCAUAGUUUGGCAAAUCAGUUUGGUUACACUGUCAAUUGUCCCUCUGAUUGCCGUCGCCGGUGGCUUUUAUGCUUAUGUAGCCACUGGUCUUAUUGCUAGAGUUCAAAACUCGUACGUCAAGGCCGGUGAAAUUGCGGAAGAGGUGAUCGGGAAUGUUCGAACAGUCCAAGCAUUUGCAGGAGAAGAAAGGGCAGUGAAAUCGUACAAAGAAGCAUUGAUGAACACUUACAAAUAUGGUAGAAAAGCUGGCUUAAUCAAGGGACUAGGAAUGGGUUCUAUGCACUGUGUGCUUUUCGUUUCCUGGGCUUUGCUCGUUUGGUUCACCAGUAUAGUGGUUCAUAAGAACAUUGCAAAUGGUGGGGAUUCUUUCACUACCAUGCUCAAUGUUGUCAUCUCCGGCAUGUCAUUAGGACUGGCAGCACCAGACAUCUCGGCAUUUAUCCGAGCAAGGGUGGCUGCGUAUCCCAUAUUUGAGAUGAUAGAGAGGAAUACCAUAAGCAAAACCGGCCACAAACUAGGCAAAGUAGAGGGUCACAUUGAAUUCAAGGACGUGUUGUUCAGUUACCCGUCUCGCCCGGAUCUCGUAAUCUUCAAUAGGUUCAACCUCAACAUACCUGCUGGCAAGAUUGUAGCUCUCGUGGGAGGGAGUGGCUCUGGCAAGAGCACAGUCAUAUCAUUGAUUGAGAGAUUUUAUGAGCCCCUUGCAGGGGAAAUUUUGUUGGAUAGGAAUAAUGUUAGGGACCUUGAUCUCAAAUGGCUUAGACAACAAAUCGGUUUGGUUAAUCAGGAGCCAGCUCUUUUCGCAACAACAAUCAGGGAGAAUAUUCUUUACGGAAAAGAUGAUGCUACACUUGAAGAGAUAAUGCGUGCCGCAAAACUCUCAGAGGCCAUUACGUUUAUUAAUAAUCUCCCUGAUAGAUUUGAGACUCAGGUUGGUGAGAGAGGAAUACAACUAUCAGGUGGACAGAAGCAAAGGGUUGCGAUAUCUCGGGCAAUAGUGAAGAAUCCAUCUAUUCUUCUACUUGAUGAAGCAACAAGUGCACUUGAUGCAGAAUCUGAGAAGAGUGUCCAGGAGGCACUUGACCGUGUGAUGGUGGGACGAACCACAGUCGUGGUGGCUCAUCGACUUUCUACUAUUAGGAAUGCAGAUGUGAUAGCUGUUGUUCAAAGUGGGAAGAUUGUAGAAACUGGCAGCCAUGAUGAGCUCAUUUCAACUCCUAACAGUGCCUAUUCGUCACUCGUUCAGCUUCAAGAGACGGCAUCACUGCAACAGUACCCCUCACAAAAUCAUCCAAUGAGUAUGCCACUCAGCUUGAGUUAUUCACGAGAAUUAUCCCGAACAAGGACAAGCUUUGGCACAAGUUUUCGUUCUGAUAAGGACUCCUUACUAAGCCGUGUAGGUGUUGAAGCAAUAGAUACAGGGAAGCCUGUUUCACCAGGAAGACUGUAUUCUAUGAUAGGGCCUGACUGGUAUUAUGGCGUCUUUGGCACCGUUGCUGCACUAAUCGCUGGAGCUCAGAUGCCUCUCUUUGCCCUUGGGGUUUCUCAGGCUCUUGUAUCCUAUUACAUGGACUGGGAAACGACGUGUCGUGAAGUCAAGAGGAUUUCCAUCCUAUUUUGCUGUGCUGCAGUGAUAACCGUCAUCAUUCAUGCUGCUGAGCACCUAUGUUUCGGUAUCAUGGGAGAGCGCCUCACUCUUCGUGUGCGUGAAGUGAUGUUUUCUGCCAUUUUGAAGAACGAAAUCGGAUGGUUUGACGACCUAAACAACUCAAGUUCCAUGCUUGCAUCACGUCUAGAGAGCGAUGCAACGUUUUUAAAAGCUGUAGUUGUCGACAGGUCAUCGGUUCUCAUUCAGAAUUUAGGUUUGAUCGUUGCUGCCUUUAUCAUUGCAUUCAUCUUAAACUGGAGAAUCACACUUGUUAUAUUGGCCACUUUCCCAUUAAUCAUAAGUGGUCACAUUAGCGAGAAACUAUUCAUGCAAGGUUAUGGAGUUAACUUAAGCAAAGCAUAUCUAAAAGCAAACAUGCUUGCCGGCGAGGCUGUCAGCAAUAUUCGAACUGUUGCCGCAUUUUCUGCUGAGGAGAAGAUCAUUGAUCUUUACGCCCAUGAGCUGGUAGAGCCCUCAAAGCGUUCGUUUAACCGUGGUCAAAUUGCUGGGAUAUUCUAUGGAAUUUCCCAGUUCUUCAUCUUCUCAUCUUAUGGCCUUGCAUUAUGGUAUGGUUCUGUGUUGAUGGGGAAGGAGCUAGCUAGCUUUAAAUCUGUGAUGAAAUCAUUUAUGGUUUUGAUUAUAACGGCACUAGCCAUGGGAGCAACUUUAGCAUUGAUUCCGGAUCUUCUAAAAGGGAACCAAAUGGUAGCAUCUGUGUUUGAGAUCAUGGACCGGAAGACGCAGGUCGCUGGGGAUACUGGAGAAGAACUCACAAAUGUGGAAGGUACAGUUGAGCUAAGGGGCGUCCAGUUUAGUUAUCCAUCGAGGCCAGAUGCAAUCAUUUUCAACGACUUUAAUCUAAAGGUGCGUUCAGGCAACAGUAUGGCCCUUGUGGGGCAAAGCGGAUCUGGUAAAAGUUCGGUUCUUGCUCUUAUACUUCGAUUCUAUGAUCCAACAGCUGGGAAAGUGAUGAUUGAUGGCAGAGACAUAAGGAAACUGAAGCUCAAGUCUCUUCGGAAACACAUUGGUCUAGUCCAACAAGAACCGGCUCUUUUCGCUGCAUCAAUUUAUGAAAACAUCCUUUAUGGAAAAGAAGGGGCUUCAGAAUCAGAAAUAAUUGAAGCAGCUAAGCUUGCCAAUGCACAUGGUUUCAUAAGUUCCCUCCCCGUGGGUUACUCGACGAAAGUUGGGGAACGGGGAGUGCAACUAUCUGGUGGUCAGAAACAGAGAGUAGCUAUUGCUCGUGCUAUUCUGAAGAAUCCGGAAAUCUUGCUACUUGAUGAAGCCACCAGUGCUCUAGACGUGGAGUCAGAGCUUGUGGUGCAACAAGCUCUCGACAGAUUAAUGAGGAAUCGAACAACAGUUAUGGUGGCACAUAGGCUGUCAACUAUUAAAAAUGCAGACAAAAUAUCGGUUAUACAAGGAGGAAAAAUAAUAGAGCAAGGGACUCAUUCUAGUCUGAUAGAAAACAAAGACAGCCCAUAUUUUAAGUUAAUCAACCUUCAGCAGCAACAGCAACUAGAACAUUGAUGUUACAAUGUCUAUAAGAUAAUAACUAUACACGAAGAAUAAACAAAUUACCAAGACAGUUUAUGCAAGGUGUUUUAUUUAAUACUACA